AUGUCUGCACCACCGGUCGCAUCAACAUCUGCGCAGCCUCCCGCCGUGCGCAAGGUUGCUUCAGACGCAGGAAGCGACUCGGAGGACGACGACUUUGACCCGGAGCAGUCGGGCUCUCGCUCUCCCAAGGCUAGCCGCAAGCCUCGCCGCGCGCGAGGUUCGGACGACUCCUCGUCAGGAGAAGAGUCGGAUGGCGAGGCAGGCCCCGUCACUGCCGAAGCGAUCGAUGAAGAUGAGCUAGAGGCGCUCGAGCGUGAUCGGCAGGAGCUCGUGGCUGCGGCUGGUGGCGAGGACCGGCUCGGCAAACGGAGAAGGCUUGCAAAGCACGAACCGGCCGCCGCAGAUGCCUCUGCAUCGAAGGACAAUACGGACGAGCUGAAAGCUAAAGCAGAUGCAGAGUGGGAAGCUAUGAAAGCGCCCGAAACCACAGACACCGCCGAUGCGCCGAACCGUUCUACACCAUCGGCGCUGGCGGCAGCGGCGGGCGAGGACAUGAUCGCGGUUCCAACGACGUUUUCAUUUGCAGGCGAAGUGCAGGCAUCCACACGCCUCCUUCCGCGCACGCAUCCGGACGCCAUUGCCUACCUCAGCCAAUCUGCAUCCAAGUCUCCAGCGCCACCUGUGGCUGCCGCAGCUGCACGACCAGCACCCGGUCCACGACGCAAGAAAACAUCGUCGCUCGCCAAGCUCUCGGCCGCUGCGACGGCGAAACCGACCAAGCUGAACACGCUGGAGAAAAGCAAGCUCGACUGGGACAGCUUCAAGCACGACCGCACCGCCAUGUCGCAGCAGGAGCGAGACCAGCUGGACGCCCAGACCACGGGCGGAUCAAGAGGUUUGGGCGAUAUGAAGGGCUACCUUGACCGAAGGGACUUUUUGGAUCGCGUGCAUGAGCGAACGUCCAAGCCGUGA